AUGGCUCAAGAAAACACUUCGACGGAAAACAUUGCCCAAUAUUGGGACGACGCGAUCCAAGGCCGACUAACUCUCUAUCAACAUCUCUCCCCACAUGAUCCUCCCGACGUGCAGUCCUCCGCACAUCAAAGAAUAACUGCCGAGAUUUCCGCCCUGAGGCGCGGAAUAAGCUCUCUGAACUCGCGGCUUAAUGCCCUUACCCCUGUGGCUCUGUUACCACCGGAAAUCCUCGCUGAGUGUUUCGAGAUCUUGGCAUGCAUAGACCAACCGCCGUACCCAGAAAGCCAUCUCUCGAGAGCGCAGCAGAGACACCUUGGCUGGAUCACUGUGACGCAUGUAUCGAGCAGAUGGAGGGAGGUUGCACUCAACCGACCUUCGUUAUGGGCCACCCUCUCUUUUCAACUCGGCCCCACGUGGAUAUCCUCAAUGUUGAGUCGGGCGAGGGACACUCCUCUCGUGAUCCACCACGACUUUCCUAGUCAUUCCUUGAUCGCAGCUUCUGAAGCAAGGUGCAUGAUCAAUGUUUUGCGGUGCAACCUUGGCCGCGCGCGGACGGUCACUAUCGGGGGUAUGAUUCCUUCAUCCGUUGCGUCGUCCGACUUCAAGGAGGCAUUGACGACAUCGUCUGCUGUUCUUGAAUCUAUCACGAUACUGCUGUCGUCCUCCGACGAGGAUGAGUUCAUCUCUGACAAUUUCCUUGGAAAUUACGCUCCCUGCUUACGAAAGGUGGAUUUCGUCUUCAGUACUAGCCACUGUUUAUAUUGGACACGACCAGUGUUCAAGGGGCUUACGCACAUGUCUAUAGAACUCGUGUCUGACCCGCCCUUGCAGGAUUACGCCCAUUUCUUUGAUAUGAUAGACCAAAACCCGUUGCUGCAGUCCAUAGAGCUGGUCAAUGCUCUCCCUCAGGUUGCAAAUCCUCUUCAGCAUCAACGCCGCGUCAUGCUCUCACAUCUGCAGUCCUUCGCUUUCUAUGGUUCCCCCUCCUCCUGUGCUGAACUUCUGCACACUUUCGAGGUCCCGCUUAAAGUAAAGCUCAAACUAUCUAUUGAUUCUACGAUCGACACACAACCCGAGAGUAAAUUGAAGGGGGAUUACAGCGCCCUUUGCCAAACGUUGAAAUCCAUGAAUGAAAGUCACCAAAAGUCUCCUUUCCGCACCCUCGUAUUCCAUGAUUUUGGGCGCCCCCGUCCAGAUGACGAUGUAUGCAUUAAAACGUAUAGAAGUGCUGGCUGGGUUCCUGGUCAGUCUCAAUUUGCGUCUUUCGACGACACCCCCUCCCUUAGUCUUUAUGUUGUGCCUGCCAUAGCUGGACGGCCAGGCCAUGGCGCGAGUGCCUGCCGCAUGCUUCCUUCCUUGCCUUUCAAAGACAUCGACACAUUCAUUCUUGUCGAUGCACUCGGUAUACCUCACUCGUGGUGCGAUCCCCUCAGCAUGGGCUUGCCUAACAUAAAGUAUUUCCAGCUCAAUGGUAUCAACCUGGAACAAGCCUUUCCACUUCUAUGUCUUCCCUUCUCAUCCAGCGAACUGGAUUCGACAAAUAUGCCCGCAACGUUCACGGUAUUCCCGCGCCUCACGCAUCUUCGACUUCAUGGAGAGCAUCUGGAGGAACCAUCACGGGCAUUGCAGGAUGGCCUUCUGGCUAUGUUGAACUUGCGGAGGAACCACGGAGCUCCAUUGAAGUGGUUGGGAUUGAAAGGUUUUCACCUCUCUCCAAAGGCUCUGGAUGGGCUGAGAGCCUUAGUGCCAGUGGUUGUGAUGGAUAAAGAGUAA